AUGUUGCUUAAAUUACCUUCCUUGAGGCUGGGCCUAACUCUCGUUGACAGCUUGGAUCUCGUCGUUUUCUACGACGUUAAUGGGCUUCGUCAACGGGCCCGAGCGAAGUGGAAUGGCUUGGGAUUGCAGAACCCUGACGACGCCGCUUGCCGAGGUCUCGUUUCCCGGCUUCUGAGCAACGUGACGGGCCCCCAGCGCUUUGGCGGCCUCGUCCCGUCGGCUCAUGGUUCGAGGCUUGCUGGCAUCCCGAGCCUGGCGACGAACCUGGCCCCGUUUCCGGUCAUCAAGUUUCUGCUGCCAGCGCUUGGGGGCCUGUCGCCCGGAGAAGACCUCCUGCCAGACACAGGACAGCCUCUUAACUACGCCGCUACCAGCUGCGCCCUUCGCUCGGGAGCUUUGUGCACGGCCCAAAGACGGCCAUCGCAGAGCACCGUCCUGACUCGUGGCCUUUUCUGCCGCGGCAUGGCCUCCCCACUGACGGCGACGUCAGCAAUCAAAAAGUUCUUGGUUGAGCCAGAUGUGCGAACAACGUCCUGGUGUGCUGCUGGCUUUCUGGUGUCCAACUUUCAGGACCCGGCAUCGGCAGACAAACCCGAGGUAGCUUUGCAACGUGGCUGGCAGAUU